UCACCCUUCAAGCUUGGCCAAUUUUUGCGCAACUCUGUGGCUCCGGGCUGGGUUUGCUCAACAAAGCAUUCUCAACCUCAACUUCAACCUCUGACCAUUUCACGGCGGGCCGUCAUCUUCACCAGUGCGACACCCCCUACGACGUUCCCCGCAUUAUGCCACGAGUUUUAGACCCUUCACCCGUUAUUCUACAACAUGCGCCUGUUGCGCCACGACGACCGUUGAAACGAACUGCGUCCAUUGCUUCGUUGCCCACUCCUCCCCGCUCUGGGGACACCAAGAAAAGACAAAGAAAAGAAGUGCCCUCUGGAGAGGAUGUAGAAGAAGGAUCGGAGAGCAGUUUGAGCGAAUAUGAGGAGAGGCCUAUUAGCAAACUUGUCUUCAAGUCCAAGACCAAGACCAAGGGCAAGACGGUGACGACGACGGUCACCAAAACCAUCGUUGUCGAUUUGGAAGCUGAGAAGGCUGCUGAAGAUUUGUUCUGGUUAGGAGGUUCGGCCGACAAGAAGGAGGGGGGCCCGUCAACAGAGCUCAAGGACAAGGAGAAGAGAAAGGCUUCAUCGACAACGGGUAGCUUACCCCCUUCUCCACCUCUUUCUCCAGUCAAGGAAACGCGUUCAAAGGUUCAGAUACCCCGCCCUGCGCUCAAGCGGACUGCAACCGCCUCCUCGUCUGACGGCGAGUUGCUUCCUAAUCCUGAUGGGGAUGAAGACGGACCGAUUCGAGACUCGCCACGUAACGUCUUUCUUGUGAAGAAAAAGGGAGAAGAUCCCCCAAAGCCAACACAAGACGAGGAUGAAGAAGAAGAGCUCGAGGAGGCACCCACUGUUUCCUACGUAUUUCGUGGAAAGCGACAGGAAUUCCCCAACCCUCUUUAUAACCUUCCAAGCGAGGCCUAUGACCGCGCCAAACUGCCGACUUCACAUCCAGAAUUUAGUCCGUUACCGACAGUCAAACGCACACGGCUAUUUGCCAAAGAGCUGGAUGAAAAGGACGUAAAAGAUAAGAAGAGAAGAAGGCGACAUAGUGCAAGUCCGGCAUCCUCUCCUUCUUCAUCACCCAGUCGGCCAAAACGCAAAGCGACUACAAUCAAGAAACCAAGACAUACACCUCAGAAUACACCUUUGCCACCCACUCUAAUCAUGAACCUUGCUACGCUCGAAGAUAUAGUAACCGCGGCAACUACAAUACCAGAUCAAGGAGUCUUGGCCCAAGGUCUUAAAUCGUUCCUCAAACGCGAUGUCGCCGAAGCCAUUCUAGCCUCAUCAUUGCCAAAUAAUGAAGAUCCUCUAGCAGUUUUAGAUCCUCGUUCAAAUACUAUUGGAUAUAUUUACAUCUUGUACGUUAUUCGCGUCUUGUUGAGCAUGGCGUCUGCACGAUUAGAACAAUCUGGAUCGGGUCCAGGGUUGGUGACUCAGAUCUUGAACUUUUGCGAAAACUUUCAAUCCAAUGCACUGGCGUACGUCCCGGAACGCGUCAAUGUUUUCGUGAUGAGACUCUUAAGUCAACCCAAU